GGACAGCGCAGCAGAAUUGCCCCAGAAUUGUGCUUUUCAACGCCAUCAGAUCUUUGGCGGCGAUCGAAUCUGAGUUUUCGUUAUGAGUUGGCCUGAUGUCGUGAAGAGCUGUUGUUAGUGUUACUUUUGUGAGCGUUUAUACUCCGGCAGCCGCGCCGAACACUUAGGGGAGACUUCUCUGGGCACGGCCGGGGAGCAAACCUUAGUUCGUGGGCUAGUGCGCAGCCCAGCCUGUGUGUGACAACAAGAUAAUCUAUUGUAAAUAGAUGUACACAGCAGAGUUGAGAGGUGAUCUACAAUGGAGACAUUAUCCACCCUAGCAACGGGAUUACCCUCGACCAACAUUCCUUUGCCUCUAUCAGAUAUACUUUGGAUGGUCAUCCUUGGUUUCGUUAUCUCCUUUAUCUUGUCUGUCGCCAUCGGUGCUAACGAUGUGGCCAACUCAUUUGGAACGUCGGUAGGGGCAAAGGUAUUAACGCUACGUCAAGCCCUGUUCCUGGCAACUGUCUUUGAGACGCUUGGUGCCGUAUUGAUGGGGUCAAAGGUCGCUGAAACUAUUCAGAAAGGGAUAUUUGAUGUAGAGCUGUAUGAGGGACGGGAAGAAACAUUGGUUCUUGGGGAAAUAUCAGCGCUAGCAGGAUGUGCCGUAUGGCUUUUUGUAGCGACAGCUUUUAAAAUGCCAGUCUCGACCACGCAUAGCAUUGUGGGAGCUACUUUGGGUUUCCAUUUUGUUGUUUUUGGAGUUGAAGGCAUUCAAUGGCUACAGGUUGGCUUGAUAGUUUUAUCCUGGGUGACAUCUCCAGUCUUAUCUGGUCUUUUUUCUUCGGUUAUCUUCAUCAUCUUGAGGCAUUUCAUCCUACGAAAAGCAGAGCCUCUGGAGCCUGGCCUUAGAUCGUUGCCAAUUUGGUACGGCUUAGUGAUCACUGUCAAUUUCUUCUCCAUAUUCUAUGAUGGGCCUACCACUCUAGGUUUUGAUAGCAUACCUCUAUGGGGUGUCUUUGUGCUUAGCUUCGGGUCUGGAUUCCUUGUUGGGUUAGCAGUCUGGUUUAUCAUGGUGCCAUACAUCAGAAAGAAAAUAAUCGGUAGGAGUAGUGAGGAGGAGGAGGAUCGCGCGGUGGAAACACAAUCAAUAUUUGCAGAGAAGCAAAGGUAUAGCCAUGACAGCAAGAGCGACAAAGUCGGGUUGAUUCCUGGAGCCGAGUCGGCACUUGAUGAAGCCAGAGAAGAAGAAACAGGAAGUGAAAAUGUCACAAAACUUGAUGACGCUGAAACAACGAUGGAAAAUGAGGAUGGAGCAGCGAAUGAAGAUAGGGUCAAUAAAGGCGCGUCAGAGGUACAAGAUCACCCCCAUGUGACUACCCUGUGUUCUCCGUUGCAGGCGCUGUCGGCCAUAUUUGCCAGCUUUGCACAUGGUGGAAAUGAUGUCAGUAAUGCCGUUGGACCUCUGAUAGCCAUCUGGUUGAUCUACAGGACCGGAGACAUUGCCCAAGAGGAACCAACACCUCUGUGGGUGCUCUUCUAUGGAGCUCUGGGCAUCUCUCUAGGAUUAUGGAGUCUUGGACGUCGGGUGAUUCAGACGGUGGGGGAAGAUAUUACAGCACUAACACCCUCAAGUGGGUUUUCUGUGGAACUUGGUGCAGCCAUGACGGUGCUCCUGGCAUCCAACGUCGGCAUCCCGAUCAGUACCACCCAUUGCAAGAUUGGAUCCGUGGUAUCGGUCGGUUGGCUGCGAUCGAGGGAAGCUGUUAAUUGGUCGCUCUUUGGAACCAUUGUCCUGGCAUGGGUAGUGACUCUUCCGGCCACAAUGGGACUGUCUGCUGCUAUCAUGGCCCUUCUUCAGCUUGCCAUAAGAUGAUCAUCCCUGAUAGACCUUGCUCUUCAAAUCUAUUUAUGAUAAGUGCCUGUUCUGAUGACAUCACUCAAUCAUAAUGUUAUACCAAGGUUUUUUUUACCUGACUGCUAAGAAAGCAUGAAUGCCUGUGAGCAAGCGACCAGGGGACUAACGGCUUAAGGUCCUCUCCGAGGGACCUGGUAAUGAGGAUAAAUACCUUACCAAAAGGCACUAGUGCACCACUUGGGAAAUCACAGAUGGUAGUAAGAGGUCUCUCCCUCUCAAAUAUCCUUGGGUGCUACUUUCCAGAUUAAAAUCUGAAUUCAGAGGUUUUCAAUGUAUUUUUGGCCAUAGAAAACACCUCUUUUCACACAUGACCCUCUGAUUACAAGGUGAGGGUCCGAACUGCUUGCAACAUGACUCUCCCACUGUUAUUGUUAUUAUAUAUGCAUGACUGGUGACCCUUUCUUUAACUAAAUGAGAUUCCCUGAAUUCUCUCCUGCACAGCAUAGCAAGAUUAUAGGCGCCGCUUUUCCGACUACUGUAGCAGCGUAAACAUUCAAAUCUUAACCAAGGUUAAGUUUUUGAAAUGUC